CGACCAAUAAUCAUAAGCAUUGAAAGUGAAACGGACAAAUUUGUGUAGCGUGAAUCGGCGUAAAUGCGUUAUACCGAGUUAGUCCUGUGAAAAGCAUUUGGCAAGAUCAGAAAAUAUGGCAAUAUUUCUUGGUACGUUGACAAGUGUGCUGUCAGUAGUGUAAUGUUCUCUGUAGUAUUAAGGAGUUAAUGUAGAUUCAGGAUUAUAUAGAAGUUGGUAGAAUUUAUGCGUGUGGUGUGCGGUAGUCCGGCGACGGCGUCCGUUUGUAGGAAAGAGGAAAGGGAGAAGGAUUCCUUUGUCGAAAUCGAAGACGACCUUGUGUAGUCGAAAAUCUACGAAGAUCAGAGAUCGAUAAAUCUGGAAUCUCUGAGAAUUCAGCAAACCCUACGUGCACUUUAUUUUCCUUCUCCCCCUCCGGUUUUUCUAUAAACUUAUCUGCACCUCAUCGAAGACUUUUUUUUCUUUCCUGUAAAGUGGAAGAAUAACAGUGGUACAUAAAACGAUUACUCGGCUCCCAUCCUCGGGAGCUUCUGCGCCUCGGCGCCUAAGCUGUGUUAGGAAGAAAAAGGAAGAAAUUACGGAAGGGGGGAGGUUAAGGGGACGGCAGGAAAGGGAAGACGCGCCGUCCAUCACCAUGAAGCUUGUCGACCACGUGGUGAGAAGCUUCAAGGUGGCAAAGGUCUUCCGAGAGAAUUCCGAUCGUAUAAACAGUAUCGAUUUCUCACCGAAUGGAGAUACACUCAUCUCCUGUUCGGAGGAUGAUCAAAUCGUGAUAUACGAUUGUGAGAAAGGCACUCAAGUACGUACAGUCAAUUCAAAGAAAUACGGCGUCGAUUUGAUUCAUUUCACACACGCCAAAAAUACUGCUAUCCACAGCAGUACCAAAGUAGAUGAUACCAUUCGAUAUCUAAGUUUGCACGACAAUAAAUAUAUUCGAUACUUUCCUGGUCAUACUAAAAAAGUAGUAUCACUUUGUAUCAGUCCUAUAGAAGAUACAUUUCUUUCUGGAUCAUUGGAUAAGUCCUUGAGGCUUUGGGAUUUACGUUCGCCAAAUUGUCAUGGAGUUAUGAAUGUUUCUGGACGUCCAGUUGCUGCAUACGAUCCUGAAGGUUUAAUCUUUGCUGCUGGAGUUAAUUCAGAGAGUAUUAAGCUAUAUGAUUUACGCAGUUUUGAUAAAGGACCCUUCGUGACCUUUAGACUUUCUCAGGAAAAGGAAUGCGAUUGGACUGGCUUGAAAUUCAGCAGAGAUGGUAAGACCAUUCUGAUAUCGACCAAUGGCAGUACAAUUCGCUUGGUCGAUGCUUUCCAUGGCACUCCAUUACAAACUUUUGCUGGUUAUUUGAAUAACAAAGGCAUUGCAAUAGAAGCCAGCUUUAGUCCAGAUUCACAGUUCGUAUUUAGUGGCUCUACGGAUGGUAGAGUACAUGUAUGGAAUGCAGAAACUGGAUACAAGGUAUGUGUUCUUAACGGAGAUCACCCUGCGCCAGUUCAGUGUAUUCAGUUCAAUCCAAAAUAUAUGAUGUUGGCAUCUGCAUGUACCAAUAUGGCUUUCUGGUUACCAACAGUCGAUGAAAGUGCAUAAGACUAAUCAGACCAAUGUAGGGCUAUGCUCUCAGAAAUUUAUUUAUUAUUGGUAUGGAAAUAAGCUGAGAACUACAGCAAACAGAAAGAAAUGGCGGUGUAAAGCUCCUGGGUAUAUUGGUUGAAAGAAUAUUGCAUCUAUAAUAUGUACAAGAUGAAAGAGCCGACGUAUGAGACGCCGGUACCGGUACGAACCCAAGGAGCCAAAGGAUCGUCAAAGGACAAGAAAGAUUACCAUUACAUGAUAACCAUGGUCUUGGUACUUGCACUUGUCUGUUGCAAAAUGGCACGUUUGGAGUACGUUAUACUCUUUCUAUGUAUGUCGUCGUUGUCUUCGUCGUCUUCAUCGUCAUGCAUCCUAUGGCGCGAUGAACGCGACCAUUAUAAUACAUACCUUGUCACUGUUUAAACUUGUGACAUACCAUCACUUCUAUAACAUCUUAAAGUAUAUUAAAUACUACUAGUAUUCGGAUGUGUCGUCUUGUGUACAUAGUUUCUUUCCACGUACCUGUGUGUAGUAUAAUGGAUAGAAAACAACUUAUACACUGAAAAACAUCUGUUGUGACUGUGACUUUUAUUAAUUCACGAACGGUUAAAUUACUUCGGCGUAUUUGCUUUUCUUUCACUUUAUCUCAUUUAUAUAUAAGGUGAAUCAUAAAGAAGAGUUUUUAUUGUAUUGACGAUAUUUAAAAUCAAGGCAAUACAUUUUUUAUGCAUCAAUUCAAACAAGAAGGUACGUUUAACAUUUUUGUACCGUGGUAUAAGCGAUAUCUUUGAAUAAAAUUUUUCAAGCAGCAAAGAAUAGUUUGCUUACAAUUUUCUAAACAGUUUUAAUUGAAUAAAAAUAAAUUUGAUAAAAUAAAACUGAUUUUCAAAACAAAAAUGUUUGUUUUAAAUUUUGAUUGCAUCGAUGCUAUGAAAAAUGUUAACAAAUUUCAAGAACUUGACUACACACGUAUUAUUGUUAAUCCUACUUGUAUAGAAACAGACCGUCAAUAUACAUGUACAUCCACACAGAUACAAAAAAUCAUAAAUGAGCACUCAAUUACACCUGGUUAACUCUUAGAACUUGAACUCAUUCAUUACUUCGUUCAUUCAUACUUUUGUUUAAUCCAUUUAUUCUCAUGUACGACCGUCCGAAAACCAAAGGUGUUUGAUCAUCAUUUAUUGAAUACUAUUAAAAGUAUAUUAAUACGGUGAUACACACACGAAACAUACGAUGUUAUAAUAAGCGAGAAGAAGGUAGUCAUCGAGCUUAUUUAUUAUAUACAAUAAGCACACGAUCGCUCAUCUACGUUUUCUUUGACAGCGUUAAGCAUUUCAACUUAUUACGAAUUUUUGUACGAUAAAGUUUAUACCAUGUCUUGGCUUGCACGACUGCCACAAAUACUUGCGUUAGUAUGCGUUAUCAUAACUACGAUGUAUCAUCAUCAAUUUGCAUAUGUGAAACCGGCGGGCCGGAAUGAAAAAUUAAUCAAUAUUCGUAGUGAACGCAGUAAGGAAAACGUCUAAUCAUAAUCCAGUUAUUCUCGAGUUUGACGUAAACCAGAUUCCCCCUCCUAGUCUGCCUCGAAGUGCAUACAAAUAGACAGGCUUGUUUUUCAAAAUUUGCAUUGUGAAAACUUCAAAAUUACUAGACUAUUAUGUAAAAAAAAAUAGACAAGAAAGAAAAAACAAAACAGAAAAGAAAACUUUUGUACUGCCGUCGAAUGUUGCAUACUUACACAAGCAUUUUUUGAACUUUGAUCGCAUUCGAUUCUUUGAACUUUAGUUCGAUGGUUAAUAUUUUUGAAUACAUUUAAAUUAAAAGAAAGCACCAAUUUUGGUUCGCGCUAUUUUACAUGUACACAAAAACUAUCAUUAGCCUGCCUAUUUAACUUAAUACACCACCGUGAGAUUUUCAGUUCUUAAUCCUAAAGCUGCUUUGAUGCUUAGCGAAAGAAAAGGAAAAGGAAGAAAGAAAA